GCGCCUUUAAUUCCCCGGCUUAGGUGGGGGCAGCUCAGAGAGUCUCUGCUCCCCCAUUUCCCUCUGCACCUCCAGUGGCAGCUGUCACCUGUAAGCCGAGCACCGCACAGGGGCAUGGAGCCUGGCGCCUAUUGGACAGGACCUCUCAGCAGCAACCUACCCCCGAGUCCGGGAGUCCAACUGGGCGCGGACGGAGGGUAGGAGCCCCAGGCGCCCUUCGCCCAGAGACAGCCCAGCAUCGCGGCGAGGGCGUGACUGCAGUCUAGCUUUGGGGAUCAGAGCCCCCGGUGAGCGACUCCGCGGCUGGGGCGACUCCGGAGCCCCAGAGACCGAGCAUGGCCCUGGCAGCCGCAGCCGCUGCUGCUGCCGCCGCCGCAGGGGUGAGCCAGGCGGCCGUGCUGGGCUUCCUGCGGGAACACGGCGGGCAGGUGCGCAACUCCGAGCUGCUGAGCCGCUUCAAGCCGCUGCUGGACGCUGGGGACCCACGCGGCCGCGCGGCCCGCAGGGACCGCUUCAAGCAGUUCGUCAACAACGUGGCCGUGGUGAAGGAGCUGGACGGGGUCAAGUUCGUGGUGCUGAGAAAGAAGCCGCGGCCUCCGGAGGGACCCGAGCUCCCACACCUCUCCACCACUGGGGGGCCAGCCACGCUGGCCCAGUGCACUGCGGUCCCUACCGAGGACUACUGUGCCCCCGGAGCUCUCCCCUCCCCACAACCGUCCGGGGAACCGCCGGAUGACUCGUCCGCACCAUCCGAACAAACCUCUGGGAUCCCACCCUCAGGGGUCACCCAGCUGGAGGCUCCAUCAGGUUCAGCGCCACGGCCGGGGGCACCCGAGGAUCCAGAGCUACUCCGGUCCUCGGAGGGAGUCUCCGAGGCAGCUGCACCGGCCAGUGUGCCGUCGGGGCUGGCCUUGCCUAGCAUGGAACCCCAAGUCCCAGAACCUGCACCUCCCACGGCGCAAGUGCCUCCGCAGAAACCCUGCAUGCUGCCAGUGCGCUGUGUCGUCCCCGGUCCUGCUGCGCUGCGGAUCCGCGCGGAGGAGCAAGGCCUGCGCCGGCAGCGAUCGGAGGAGCCGAGCCCGCGGUGCUCCCCAAUGCUCCUGCGGCGGCUUUCGGUAGAGGAGUCGGGUCUAGGCCUCCACCUGGGGCCCGGUCGCUCCCCGCAUCUUAGGCGCCUGUCGCGCGCCGGUCCGCGCCUGCUGAGCCCGGACACUGAGGAGAUGCCCGUCGCGCCGCCGCCGCCACCCGCGGUGCCUCUGGAGCCCACGGAGCACGAGUGGCUGGUGCGCACCGCCAGCGGCCGUUGGAGCCACCAGCUGCAUGGGCUGCUCCUGCGGGAUCGAGGUCUGGCUACCAAGCGCGACUUCAUGUCGGGUUUCACCGCCUUACACUGGGCAGCCAAGAGCGGCGACAGGGAGAUGGCUCUACAGCUGGUGGAGGUUGCCCGGCGUGGGGGGGCUCCCGUGGACGUGAACGCGCGCUCGCACGGUGGCUACACGCCGCUACACCUGGCGGCUCUGCACGGCCACGAGGAUGCCGCGGUGCUGCUAGUGGUGCGUCUGGGCGCCCAAGUGCACGUCCGUGACCAUAGUGGCCGUCGUGCCUACCAAUACCUGCGGCCUGGCUCCUCCUACGCUCUGCGGCGUUUACUUGGUGACCCUGGCCUGCGAUCUACCAAGGAGCCUGAUGCGGCCAGUGGUGGCAGUGGGAGCCUUGUGUCUCGGCACCCCGUGCAGGUGGCCGCCACCAUCCUCAGCUCCACCACUAGCGCGUUUCUGGGCGUCCUGGCAGACGACUUGAUGCUUCAGGACUUAGCCCGUGGCUUGAAGAAGUCAAGCUCCUUCAGCAAGUUCUUGGGCGCCUCGCCCAUGGCUCCCCGGAAAAAGACCAAGAUCCGUGGUAGCCUACCAUCCUUCACCGAAAUCUCUCGACGACCCACUCCGGGGCCUUUAGCUGGGUUAGUGCCCAGUCUGCCCCCUCCAACCUGAAUGGCCUUGGAGCUACCAAUG